UCUCAUUCACAGACUGCUCAAAUCCAGUAUCACUCUUCUGUUGUAAACUUUCUCGAACAUCAGCAUGCAUAGUAAAGACCAAAUCUGCCAUGAGGACUACCAGAGGGCGGCAGACUGGCUUCUGUCCCAGACACAGCACAGACCUAAAGUAGCCAUCAUUUGUGGUUCUGGACUGGGCAUGUUGGCGGAUGGGCUCAAGUGCCAGGACUCGUUCAAAUAUUCUGACAUCCCUGGCUUUCCUCAAAGCACAGUGAAGGGUCAUGCUGGACGGCUGGUUUUCGGGGAGCUCAAAGGGAAGACCUGUGUGUGCAUGCAGGGCCGAUUCCACAUGUAUGAGGGACACUCACUAAGCAAGGUCACAUUUCCAGUAAGAGUGUUCAAGCUCUUAGGUGUCGACACUCUGAUUGUUACUAACGCUGCGGGGUCAUUAGCGGACAGUUAUAAUUGCGGUGAUAUUAUGAUCAUACGUGACCACAUUAACUUCCCUGGACUCGCUGGACUGAAUCCUCUCAAUGGGCCUAAUGAUGAAAAGUUUGGGCCACGAUUUCCACCCAUGUCUGGGGUUUACGACAGAGGCCUGCGGAAGAUGGCGCUGGACAUCUGUAAGAGCAUGGGUGUCUCUCAGUAUGUUCAAGAGGGCGUCUAUUGUAUGGUGGGGGGACCCAAUUUUGAGAGCAUCGCUGAAGCCCGACUGCUGCACAGACUGGGAGUGGAUGCAGUUGGAAUGAGUACAGCACCGGAAGUGUUGGUUGCCAGUCACUGUGGCAUAAGAGUCUUCGGUCUCUCUCUCAUCACUAACAAAGUGGUCAAAAGCUAUGAGGACAAUGAGACUGUCAAUCACGAAGCUGUGCUGGAAGUGAGCAAAAUGCGUUCAGAGACGCUGCAGGCUCUCGUCACGGAGCUCAUCAGCCGCAUGGACAUCAACAACAACACAGCAUGAUGACAUCAGCAGCACUGCACCUGCCAGUCAAAACCUCAUCCACAAGAACCUGCAGCUACACCGUGAUCAUCUUUUCAAUACUUCAUGUUUCAAUAGCACACGCCUUUAAAUAUUUAAGAUUUUACUAUUUAUGAGAUCUCAAAAAUGAUCUGAUGGUGCCUUAACAACAAGCUUAUUAUUCUUUUGGUGCUGAUCUUUUUUGUUUGUAAAAGUUUGUGAAUGCAUCUGUAUAUACAUGAUUGCGUAAUGUUAAGAUCUUUUAAUAUGCAGUAAAAUGUUUUAUGAGCUGAUAUUCCUAUUAAAGUUUUCCAAUGUUGAUAUUUUGAUGAUAAACUUGGAUAUUUGAAUCUUAUGCUAUUUAUAAUAUGUAUUUUUUUUCUCUUUGCAUUGCAUUUUGUAUAAUCUUCUCUUGUAUAAAACAAAAAGCAUAAUCUGAUCUAUAAUUCAAGAAUGUCAGCAAAAAAUGUGUAUUUUGAAAAGUAUAUUUUACAUAUACAGUGUAUAUUAAUAACUAUUAUGCAAAUCACGGUUACUUCUUAAUUUAACAUAACAAAUGUUAUUUAAAGCAUAAAAUAAAAAUUGGUCAAAAUAAAAUGCCAUGUUUUCAGACAUGUUCUUGUGUACUUUUAGACAACACAAUGGCAAUGUUUCGAAAUAUAUGGUGGAGAACCCUGAUUUUUAAUCACCUCGAAUGCUUGUUAUUUUGACCAACAGUGAUUUCUAUGUGGAAAAAUGCCUUAAAUGUAUUAUUAUUAUUUUGUAUUUGAAAUUUGUAAGAAAAGUGAUGAGAUCUUUAUAGAAUAAAACAAACUGUAUUCAAACAC